AUGGCGGCACAGUACGUCAUCAAGCGCGAUGGAACACAUCAGGAGGUGAAGUUCGACAACAUCACGAAGCGAAUUCAGGCUUUGUGUGACGGCUUAGACUCCGACUUUAUCGACCCGGUGAGGAUCACCAUGAAGGUUCUCGACGGAUUCCACAGUGGGAUCGCCACGGCCCAGAUCGAUGAGCUAGCUGCCGAGACAUGUGCAUACAUGUCCCAGAAGCAUCCGGACUUCUCGAUCCUGGCGGCGCGCAUCGCGGUCUCGAACCUCCACAAGUGCACCUCCGACUCCUUCGCAGAGACCUGCCGGGCCCUGCACGAGUACAGGGACAAGCAGGGCCGACAGGCAUCGCUGAUUUCUGAGGAGGUGGCGAAGUUCGUCCGCGAAAAGGCAGGGGAGCUCGAUGAAGCGAUAGUUUACAAGCGCGACUAUGACUAUGACUAUUUCGGCUUCAAGACCUUGGAGAAGUCAUACCUGCUCAGGGUUCAUGGGCGAAUCGUCGAAAGGCCUCAGCACCUUCUCAUGAGGGUUGCCUGUGGCAUCCACUGUGGAAACGUGGAGAAAGCCAUCGAGACGUACGAUCUGAUGUCUCGAAGGCUUUACACCCAUGCCACGCCCACGCUGUUCAACUCCGGGACGCCGUGCCCGCAGAUGUCUUCGUGCUUCCUCCUCAAGAUGAAGGAAGACAGCAUCGAUGGCAUCUACGAUACCCUCAGGCAGUGCGCCCUCAUCUCGAAGAGUGCUGGGGGCAUCGGCGUAGCCAUCUCCAACACGCGGGCCAAGGGCUCUUACAUCCGGGGUACCAACGGCUACAGCAAUGGGCUCGUGCCCAUGCUGCGCAAUUUCAACGAGACCGCGCGCUACGUUGAUCAGGGCGGAGGCAAGCGAAAAGGCUCCUUUGCCAUGUACCUCGAGCCUUGGCAUGCUGAUGUCCUCGACUUCCUAGAGCUGCGCAAGAACCACGGGAAGGAGGAGCAGCGGGCCCGAGACCUGUUCUACGGCCUUUGGGUUCCUGACCUCUUCAUGCGCCGCGUCAAGGAUAACCAAGACUGGACCUUGUUCUGCCCCAACGAGGCCUUCGAUGAGACUACAGGCAAGGGGCUGAUGGAUGUCUGGGGCGAGGAGUUCGACAGGCUGUACGAACAGCUGGAGCAGGCCGGCAAGGGCCGCAAGACGAUGAAGGCACAGCAGCUGUGGUUUCGCAUUCUGGAAGCGCAGAUGGAGACUGGCACGCCCUACAUGCUGUACAAGGAUGCGGCGAACUCGAAGUCGAACCAGCAGAAUCUCGGCACCAUCCACAGCUCCAACCUCUGUACCGAGAUCAUCGAGUACACCUCGGAGGAUGAAGUGGUGAGAGACGCGACCCGCGACGCUUGGGCCGAGUUCGGCAUGACUCUAGACGUGGUCAAGUGCUUCCCGUCGGAUUCUUACUUCGAGUUCCUUGGCGAGUCCGGGUACCAGGGGCGCUUGGUCUGCUCGGGCUCGAAGGCCAUGAUGAGGAUCCAGGCAGAGGCCCUGGAGGAUGACAUGAGUCCUUUGUCCGGGGUCCGGACCUUGGCUUUGGUUCUGCACGGGGUCUGGACCGAUGCUUUCGACGACAUCAAUGGCAGGAAGUUGUUCCUGAGGGUCUUUGGUCCGGACGACACCAGGGACAAGAAGUGGUACAUGUAUUGGCUGGAAGACGGCUUUUACGUGAUUGCAGACAAGGUGGUGAGGGACGAUGAUUGGACCAAUGUCCAGGUUCUGUGCAGGAUCAGAGAGGGGAGAAACAGCGAACUCCCCUUAGGAGUCAUUCAUGCACCAUGGAUAGCCGGCGACGACCCGGAGGCCAUAGUGCCGGCAUGGUGUCAAGGAUUGUGCUCCUGCGUGCGAGAAGAACUUCUGAUCUUCUGCAACGAAGCAUGGACAGCCGAAAAGCAGUAUGAUGCAAGCACAAAGCAGUUGGAGUUGUGCUAA